UCUCUGAUAGAAAAAGCAAGAAGCAGAAACUCGGCGUCUCUCUUAGUGAGAGAGCGAAGAGAAGCAAGCACCAAAGAAACUCGUCGUCUCUCUUCGUGAGUGGUGAGCUUUUCCGGUCUCUCUCUGUUCCUCUCAGGGCGACAUCUUCCUCUUUCCCGACAUUAUGAAUCCCGACGAUGUGAAGCCCUCUCAUGAGAGGGGGCAGCAAAAUGAGAAGAGUCUGAAAGAUGAUAGCUUAGUGGAGAACCAGAUCACUGAAGAGAGCAAUCUUGUGGUCACUGAAGAGAGUCUCACUAUUAAGACUAUGAAGGGUAGGGUUUUUGAAGUCAUGGUCCAACCGACUAACACGAUAAUGUCUAUUAAGAAGUUAAUAGAGGAUUCAGAAGGGAAGGACAAUUAUCCAUGUGGGGAGCAAUUGUUGAUUCACAAUGGGAACAUUCUGAAAGAUGAUGAAGAGUUAUGGCUGGAGAGGAAGGCCAAUGAGCGAGGCGUUCUUGUUCUCGUCCUUAAGGAGCAAACUGUUGAGAACCAGGAAAAGGAGCUCUCGUUGUCUACUCAAAACUCUGAAUCUGAAAGCUCUGAAUCUGAAAGCUCUGAGUCUGAAAGCUCUGAGUCUGAUGGAGAGAUUGAUUACGAGGCAUUUUGUACGGGACUACAAUUUGUUGUGAUGGACGAAAGCAAAAUUGGACGUAGGGAAGGAUACGAGUUGGUGGAGGAGAUCACAAACCAGCCACUCCAGCUCCAAAAUCCGUUCAACCUGUUCUGCAGGGCGUUUAACACUGGAAACGCAGCAGAUGAUGAUAUUGAUACCGAAGUCACAAUACAUGUUGUUUUUCGAGCAGCUCGAGCUGCCGGCUGCGAAUUCGGACGGUUUCUUGCACUUGGUGACGAGCCCCCAAGAUCAGGUUUGAUUCCAUCACGAACCAGCUUUAACUUACUCGCCGAAACUUGGGUGACAUUUGGGUACUUAGCUGGAAGAUACGUGAAGGAGAACUAUCGUUUAGAGAAAAACCUCUACAUGCAGCAGUUUCAUGAUUUCUACAGUCUGAGAGGUUGGUGAUGAUUGAUUGUUGACUCUGGAAUUUGUAACUUUUAACAGCUGUUGCGUUUUUUCCGGUAAAUGUUACAUUUCUAAAAAAUAGGUGGGUGAUGA